CAGUUUCAAUCCUCGGCCAUCAGAAAAAGUUUCAGAUCGCCACGAGGAGCGAGGGUCGAGGCGCCUUGCGGUUGCAGCUGAAGUUGAAGCUCGGUGUCUCUCUCUCUCUCUCUCUCGCCCUCUCGCUAUGUCGCGUGCUCCAGGUCCUCGAUCGGGCGACGCGAUCUUCGCCAGCGUCGAGCGCGUGAAUGCGGAACUGUUUACGCUGACGUACGGGGCAAUCGUGCGCCAGUUGCUCACAGAUCUGGAGGAGGUGGAGGAAGUCAACAAGCAGCUCGAUCAAAUGGGUUAUAACAUUGGAAUACGACUCAUUGACGAAUUUCUAGCUAAAUCAAAUGUCAGCAGAUGUGUUGACUUUAAGGAGACAUCAGAAAUGAUUGCAAAGGUGGGUUUUAAAAUGUUCCUCGGAGUUACUGCCUCUGUGACCAAUUGGGAUGCCGAUGGUGCCUGUUGCAGUAUAGUUUUGGAGGAUAAUCCCUUGGUUGACUUUGUCGAACUCCCAGAUACAUGUCAAGGUCUAUAUUAUUGCAACAUCUUGAGUGGGGUCAUAAGAGGAGCUUUGGAGAUGGUUUCAAUGAAGACGGAAGUAACAUGGAUUCGCGAUAUGCUUCGAGGGGAUGAUGCGUUUGAGUUACAAGUGAAACUCCUGAAGCAAGUCCCUGAAGAGUACCCAUACAAAGACGACGAAUGACAUGGAUCAUACUGUUCUGCCCGGCCCUCAUCCAAUUGCUCUGUUUAUAGAUAGUAGGAUGUAUUCUUGGGAGUUUGCAUGUUUUUGUUUCCUUCAUCACUUUCUUUUCUGUUGCGGUGGACUUUGCUAUGUUGUACUUCGAGGGGAGGACUUACAUCAAGUCUCUGGGAGACGGCGGUGGACUACGUCGAGCGGUGAAAGCAAAUAAAUAGGUUUCUCGUGUUA